AUGGAAAAUCAAUUGACGUCUGCAUCCCAGGCUAAUCCAAUCAGAUUUAUUUCUUCAUCUGCUGGAGAUGACCGUGAUUAUAAUUAUGCAACAAAAUACAACGGGAGUAUAACUCUGACGUUAUCAUCAAACUAUGCACAAAUUACUACAAGUGUGAAUAACGUUGACACACACGAUAUGUUUAGUAAUGGUCGUCGUAUUCAACAAUGUUAUAAAUUAUUAACUGAUUGCAAUGUUCCAGUGUAUCGUGCCCGUCGUAGAAAAAAUUUUCUAGAAAAAAUAGUUUUUUUUCGCCGUUGGAUAAAUUAUCAUAUUCAUCUUGGUCAAAGUGAAAUAACUUUAACAACAAAUGCAACAUCUACGGAUAAUUCGAUAGCUUUUUCAGUCAUUAAAGAUAUAUCUGUACGGUCGAAAUUCAAAAUAAUUCAUUGGAAUUCUCAGUUUUGUAUAACUAUUGUUACGAAUGAUCAUAUUUAUUUUUUUAAAAUUAAUACACGUGAUUUAAGAGACCAAUUGUUCUACUCAAUGAAAUGGAAACUAAACAAAUUUAAAUUCGAACGUAAUUUACGUUCAACUGAUAAUUCAGAAAUACUGUUAAAAGAAAUUAAGAAUUUGAUCGAUUUUACAACGGCAAUACCUAUUGAAGAUGUUGAAGUUCAUCAUUUUCCACUUGAAAUUGUUUGUGAAAUUCUCCAAAAACAAGAAUUUAAUUCAAUACCUUUUGUGUAUGAAAAUGCAAUUGAAGCACUAGCACCAUUACUUGAAAAAAAUUAUCCAUCACCAGAAGCAUGUGACUUUUUUACUCGAUAUUGCCGGGAUAGCCCACGCUCUCCCAUUGUAAUGGAUAUGUUUGCAUUGAGUGUGCAGAAAAUUUUGAAACAUAAUACAAAUUUUAGGACAUGUUUACGAAUGAGAACACUUGUUCAAGAAUAUUUAUUUUCUCUUAAUUCUCAAAAUGAUGGCCUACAAGCUGUAGACAAUUUUAUUAAACGGAUGCAUAGUCCAACAAUGGUUUGUCCAUUUUUGCGUGUUCACUCAAAUUUGAUUUCUGUCUGUCUUGCUGAAAUUUAUAGUUUUUUUAAAGAAAGAAAAAGAUUUCAUUUCGAAAAUGAAGACAGUUGUCGUGAAUAUGACACAAAGAAUGAAAGUCAACUAAUAUGUUAUACGCACAUUUUACAAACAAUAUCCACAUUCUACGACUGGCGACACCAACUUGGCUUGAUUCUACAGCCCAUUCCUUUUCCAGAUGAAGCACUAAAACAUGGUCGUUUUAUUGAAAUCUACAAAAAUGUUGUUAAAAAUCUCGUUGAAGAUCCGCGAUGUGAAGUUCAUCAAACCGUUUUAGGUAAACGUGAAGGUAAAGACGGAUGGUUUGAAACUUUUUGUUUCAAUGGUAAUGCUUGUUGUAACGAUGAUGGUGAAAUGUUUUCACAGAUGCUCAAUAAAUUAAUUUCAUGUUGUUGUCGAAAAAAAAGUUUCUUAUUAAGUAUUAACAAAUUAUUACCAUCUUUGAUGUUACUUGCAUUACGCGGACGUCAAAGUUCAUUAGAUACUUUAUGUGCGAUGCUUGAUUUGGAUGCAGUUGAAAAUCACGAUAAUAAAUUAAAAUUAAUAUCAACAUUGAAAUUAACGUCACAUGGGUCAAACAUGUAUGCAAACACAUGUGCACGGCAGAGAGUUUUAAAACAAAUUCAACAGAAAGGUGGACCAAGAGAACUAACAUUAGAGCCAAAUUCAAUUGAUAGUGAUUUAGCAGGAUUAUUAUCCAGAGGUCCACUCGGUAAUCUUGAAUGUUUAAAUUUAGCAUUUACGCAUGUCACAAGCGCUUGUGCUAAACAUAUAAUUAAUUUACCAGCAUUAAAAGAUUUAAAUGUGAGGUCAACACGAUUUGGUGAUGCUGGUUUAGAAUUAAUUUCCGAGCAUUUGAAUCAACUAGAAAUACUUAAUUUAUCCGAAACACCAGUAACGGAUAAAGGUCUUACUUUUCUAGCAAACAUGAAAAUGUUACGAAAGCUUAACUUAAAUUCAACAAAUGUAUCUGAUUUAGCAAUUUUAACUUUACAAUUAUUAUCAAAUAUGGGCUCCGGAAAAUCGAGAUUUACGCAAACAUGGAGAUUAUUUUCUGUUAAAGAAAAACGAAAUAUAAUAAUUUAUGUUAUUGAACUGAUGCUUUAUAAAUUUGGAUUAGAAGCAUUCAAUGGAUCGAUUGUUACACUUGCUAUAAAUCAUUAUGAUGAGGGUGCUUUACGAAGCGGCAUAUCUUCAAAUGCAUUCGAACGUGCUGGAUUAAUAUCCGGCCUUAAUCAAGCAUUUUAA